AUGAAGAAAUAUUCUUUACUGGGGAAUAAUUUAAAAAUGGAGAUGGAGCUGAACAAUAAUCGUUUAAAAAUAUUAGGCGACAAUAACUACAUCAAAAUAAACAGAAACAUGGGACGUGUGAUGAUGAUCGGUAACGAGUGCAGCAUCGAUGUUUUGCAGAAUUUUGGCAGUAUAGAAGUGAUUGGUGCCAAUCAUGCUAUAAUAAUAUCCUCGAAUAAUAGCAUUAAUAUCUUAAACAAUAGUGAAACUAAAGAUGUUGUAGACAAUGGAAUGGUUUUAAAGAAGAAUUGUAGAAACAAAAGCACAGAAAGAAAUUCCAAGUUAUUCGAGAAGCUAAAACAGAUUUUCAAAUACAAGAAAAUAUUUGAAAAUCGUUGUUUUUUGUGA